UCAGCUCUCACUGUCACAACAGGGGACAACAAAUAACAGAUACGUGCAACUACACUAAAACAAUGGAACGAGGAAGAGGAGGGACUCUGAAGAUUCUGUUCCUGUUGACACUCUGUCUGCAAGCCUUCACUGGUCAAUGCCAAGAUUCAGGGCAUUCGUCUGACCUGAGGAUUGUUCUGGUAGGGAAGACUGGAUCAGGGAAGAGUGCAACAGGAAACACCAUCCUGGGGAGAGAGGCGUUUAGAGCUGCCUUCACCGCUGAGUCUGUCACUGAUCACUGUGAGAAACAGAGUGGAGUGGUGAAUGGGAGGAAGAUUGAUGUCAUCGACACCCCGGGGCUCUAUAACAUAAAACUGUCUGAAGAAGAGAUGAAAAGUGAAAUAGAAAAGGCCAUCUACAUGUCAGUUCCAGGACCCCAUGCCUUCCUGCUGGUGGUCGGACUGGUGAGGUUCACAGAGGAGGAGAGGAACACUGUGAAGUUGAUCCAGGAGUUGUUUGGAGAAGAAGCAUCAAAGUACACAAUCAUUCUGUUCACCGGUGGAGACCAGCUGGAGGACGUAUCAGUGGAGGACUUUGUGAAUGACAGUCAGGAGCUUAAGAAACUCGUCAAGCUCUUUAAGGGAAGAUAUCAUCUCUUCAAUAAUAAAAAGAAGAAUGACAACACUCAGGUCCCAGAGCUGCUGAAGAAGAUAGAUGAGAUGGUGAUGAAGAAUGGAGGAAAACACUACACCAAUGAGAUGUACCAGGAGGUCCAGAGGAAGAUCGAAGAAGAGGAGGAGAGGAAGAGACAGGAAAAUGAGAAGAGAGAGAGAAAGAGGAGACAGGAAGAGGAGAAGAGAGAACAGCAAGAGAGGGAGAAACUGGAGGGGGAGAUCAGGAAACGUGAAGAGAAGGUGAGAGAGGAGGAGAGGAAGAAACAGGAGGAGAAGGAGAGAGAGGAGGAGGAGGAGAUCAGGAAACAGGUAGAGAAGGUGAGAGAGGAGGAGAGGAAAAAACAGGAGGAAAAGGAGAGAGAGGAGGAGAGGAAGAAACAGGAGGAGAUCAGGAAACAGGUAGACGAAGUGAGAGAGGAGGAAAGGAAGAACCAGGAGGAGAACAGGAAACAGGCAGACAAGGCGAGAGAGAUAGAGAAGGCGAGAGAGAAGUCAAAGGACCUAUGGGGAAAGGUUUUUGGAUUGGCAGCAACUGUUGUCACAGCGGUGGUAGCAGGACCAGCAGCAAUUCCAGUCGGAGCUGCUGUACUUGCAAAUGAAGUAGCUGAACAUUUAGACGAUUCUGAUUAAAUGAGAAAGAGGAGGCAGUGUGAAGUACCACUCUCUUCCUCAUCUUAAUGUCAAGUAGUAGCAGUGGAUUAAUACUGUACAAUGACAACCAUCAGGGAUUGUUCAACACUUUCUAAUAUGGCCAGUUAUUUACCAUGUUUAUCAUUCAGAGGCUCAGGGAUAGUAACAUACUGUAGGAUGACAUUUAUAAUUCAACAAAAACAAAGACAGAAAUAUCUAAAAUCAUGUUUCAUUAACUCAGAGAUAGAUAAUAAGUUAGAAUGGGUAAAGACAUUCUAGGUUUCUGGAUAUCUACAGUAUUGCUGUAUCUACCCUCCCUCCCUGGUCUGUGUUCUCUCUCUAUCCUAUCAGGAAUUGUUCAUCACUUUCUAAUAUGAUCAGUUAUAUAACAUGUUUAUCAUUCAGAGGCUCAGGGAUAAUAACAUAGGAGGCUGUUCAGAAAAAAUGUGUUCUCCCUCUAUCCUCCCUCCCUGGUCUGUGUUAUCCCUCUACCCUCCCUCCCUGGUCUGUGUUAUCCCUCUAUCCUCCCUCCCUGGUCUGUGUUCUCCCUCUAUCCUCCCUCCCUGGUCUGUGUUCUCCCUCCCUGGUCUGUGUUCUCCCUCCCUGGUCUGUGUUCUCCCUCCCUGGUCUGUUCUCCCUCCCUGUUCUGUUUUCCCUCCCUGGUCUGUGUUCUCCCUCCCUGGUCUGUGUACUCCCUCCCUGGUCUCCGUACUCCCUCCCUGAUCUGUGUUCUCCCUCCCUGAUCGGUGUUCUCCCUCCCUGCAUUCAUUUAAAUGCAUUUUGGGGUAGAAAUGCCUUCUCGAACAUGUGAACUUUCAUGUGCCUUAAUAAAAAACUUGUAUGCCAUCUGUAAA